GCUGUUUCGAAAUACUUUGCAAGGGUACAGUCGUAAUUAUUAUAUUUUGCUGCAGAGCUUAGCCACCGUUUGCAUAUCGCUUAUCCGUUUGGCUUUUGCUUUCUCUAAUGCAUUGUGUUUUGCGAUAAAGUUGGACAAACAUCCGGCGGCAAUAUGGCUAAUGGUAAGGGUACACUGUAUCUGGGCAAGGAUUUAAGCACAGACGAUCUGUUCCUGGAGGCGCAGCAAAUCCGGGAAUGCAUAUACGACAUCUUUCAUAAACCCUUCAAAACCGGUGAUGUAUAUCUGGACAACAUUGCGUACGACAAGAAUGGAUCCGAAAUAACUUAUUCUCUGAAGAACACCACGACAGACUUACUCCCUAUGUGGAACACCUGGCUGCAGAAACGAUCCCCCAAUGUGGUUUAUAUACCGCCGGAAUGUCUGACCGCUCUACCAGACUCAACCGGUGACACCAGCAAAGUGGACAGCUGGACCAUCGGGUGCCUGCUGGUACACUUACUAAACUGAGGAAAUCCCUUGCAAAUCAAGCGAUUCUGGCCAAACAGCUCGGAAAAGGUUGUCUUCGAGCUGCAUAAAGAGCCGCUACUAAAAAAUCUGCAAGAUUUUUACAAAGUCGAUGGAGAGAUAGGAUUGGUCAUCGGGCCGGAGAUCCCACCCCUCCAAAAUAUGCCGGCUGCGUGUAAGGAUUUCCUGGAGCAUUCGCUUAACAUUAACGCAGGGGCUCGCUCAUCCCUCGCUGAACUCCGCGCCCAUCCAUUCGUUGAUAGGAACAAAUCACUGGAAGCGUUAUACGCGCUGGAAAAUCUGGGCGCUGAGACGUACUCAGUCUGCGAGGGCACAAUGAAAAUAAUCAAUACACAGAGACAUUCGUUUCUCAACGAUACAGCACAGUGCCGUCUACAGAUUGGAGAGAUCCAGCUGGUGGAUAAUCCGGACAUGAUCCCUGGGAAGAUGGUGGAAAUUUGGCGAUUUCAGCUGCUAAAUGAAAGCGCCGACCGGGAAACGUAUAAGAAAGCUUUCGGGAAGUUGCUGAACUUGCUAACAACAACUUACUCCGACAAUGAGAGAAUCGGGCGUCUGCAGGCCGACAGUGUCAAUGUUAUUCACUUCUUUGCAUGGCAGUUCGCUUCUCCGUUGAAUCCGGGGUUCCCACCGGAGUUCCAAGUGUAUGCUGAACUGUGCAGAGGCGGGAAUUUCGAGGAUGCCGCCACGCAUUUUUUACCGAUCGUUAUGAUACAGAAGCUGUUGUAUGAAAUGCUGUGUGGCUUAGAAUUUUUACACAACAAUCGCAUCGUUCACCGCAAUCUGAACAGCCGUAUAAUCUUCUUCACGGUACCAGGUUUUAAGGGAACCGUGAAGAUUGGAGGUUUCCAUAACAUGCGGCAGCUGGGAACGGAUCACACGACUAAGCACGACAUCAGUGCCCGCUCCGGCGAUGACGGUCGUUUUGUCGCCCCGGAACUGGUUAACACGAGUAACGAUUACGAUAUCGGACGUCGUAGCGAUAUAUGGAGCGUUGGCUGUAUCGCGCUGCACUUGCUAACCGGACAACCGCCCUUGUACAAUGGUGCCAGAAACCAGCCCAUGUUGCUAGAAAUGGCUAUCCUCUAUCACUUGAACAACGAGAGCAACAACACCGGAAGACUCCCUAAUAUUCCAGAUUCGUUACCAAAGAACACCAAGGAAUUUGUUCUUCGGUGCCUAAAAUUUAAUCCAACAGAGCGGCUGCUUACGUCCGAACUGCUAGCACCCAAUGGGCUACUUUCGCGUUUUAACAGUGACCCGGAUAAUCCUCGACGCUAUCAGAUCCAGAAAAUCGAAACCUUAUCGAAAGAUACGCUCGAUUACUGGACAAACAAGGUGUACCCAUCUUCGACAUGAGACACAGGCAGCCAUAGCGCACAAAUAGGCCGUCUAAGGGACAAAAAGGCAACCACUGAAGAUGUUUUCCACAACCAUCGUCGCAUCCUGCUAAGCAUAAAACGCUAACAAUCACUCUUUUUCUACUAGUAAACAAUGAAACCUUUGCGCAUGGUGUUUUCUUUCAUUUUCGUCGCGUACUACAAUUUCUAUUGCAUCGACUCGACAGUUAUAAGUUUAGGAAGGUG